AAUAGUUGCACUGUUAAAAAUGUUCCGAAGUGCUAAUGAUGGAAGGAAGAUCGACAAAAAAAGAGCACAAAAGAGUGUACAAAAUAAAGUUGAGAAGGUCGAAAGCAAACGCAAGAGAGCGGAAUAGGAUGCACGGGUUAAAUGCAGCUUUAGACAGGCUUAGGAGUUAUAUGCCGAUUCGAUUGACCCAUUCCGAUAAUAAUUCCAUACCUCAAAAACUGUCAAAAAUAGAAACUCUUCGACUAGCCAGGAAUUAUAUAUUGGCUUUAACACAAACGUUGCAGGAAGAAAGACCGAUGGAAAUGUCAAGAUUUGUCAAUAUUCUAAGUGCAGAGUUAAGUCAAACAACGGCUAAUUUAAUAUCCAGUAAUUUCGUUAACCGUCCAGAAUACAAGCAUCCUUAUUAUUACACAAACGAUUUAGAAAAUUGCAGGUACUAUUCAGAAGAUUAUAACAAAGUUAAUGUUACACUCAAUUACGAAGAAAACUACUCACAUUUUUGGGGAAACUACAUGUCUACAAAUUUGCCACAGAGACCAAAUGACGAACCAAGCCAAAGAUUCAGAUAUUGGAAUUUUUAUAAUGCAAAUAAUGUUUCUUUACAAAACGAUGAUUAUACCCGAAUUUAUUCUAUUAAUAAAAAUGGUUCUUAUUUUACAUAGAG